GACUCCUCCAGCACCACCAGGACCCCUCCAGCACCACCAGGACUCCUCCAGCAUCACCAGGACCCCUCCAGCACCACCAGGACCCCUCCAGCACCACCAGGACUCCUCCAGCAUCACCAGGACCCCUCCAGCACCACCAGGACUCCUCCAGCACCACCAGGACCCCUCCAGCACCACCAGGACCCUCCAGCACCACCAAGACCCUCCACCACAGCCUUCAGGAUGAUGCAGUGUUUCCACUUCAUAGUUGAGCCGGCCAAGAACAUAACAGCCAAGCUCAAGGAGUCUCGCAAACGGGCAAAGAAUGAGAAAAGAGAGCCCCUGGAGGAGAACCAGCUGUUCAUCGUGGAGCUGGCCAGGGACCUCGCCCGGGUCUGCCAGAAUACAGAGGUGCUGGGACACAUCUGGAGCCUGGAAGACACCUGGCCGACCCCUCUCUGCCAGGCCUUCAUCCUGGAAUGGGCUUCCAUGAUGGAGAGCAAGAAGAGGCCCAUGCAGACGGAAGGCUGGCCCAAGAAGACUGAGCAGGACGACCAGGAGGAACCAGAGAAGGACCAGGAGGAACAGGAGAAGGACCUGGAGAAGGCCAAGGCGGUGCUCCUCACCUGGGUGAAGGACCUGCGGGCCCAGCCUGAGCAGAGCGUGUGUCCUGGAGAGGCUGUGUCCCGGGCUCUGGAGGACCUCCAGUCGGCCUGGAAGUGGAAUCGGACCCCCAACCUGCUGGCUGCCAUGGAGCUGGUCAUGAUGACUCUGCUGAGCCUGGGCCUGGACAAGGAGGCCAUCCCACUGAAGUGGCUCAUAUGGAAGCAGAGGAGCCAGAAGAUAGGAGCCACACGCUACAUCCCCCACUCUGUGUGGGACUGGAUCGCAGACGCUGCAGUGGAUGUGACCCUUGACCUGAACACGGCCAACCCCGACCUCCUCAUCUCCCACGACGACAAGCGCAUGCGCUGCGGCUUCGAGAGGAAGGAAAUCCCCAACUACCACGAGCGCUUCGACGGCUGGUGGUGCGCGGUGGGCGCGGCCGGGUUCACCUCCGGGCGCCACUACUGGGAGGUGGAGGUGGGCGAGCGCGACUGGCGCCUGGGCGUGGCCAAGGAGUCGGCCCUGAGGAAGGGCUUCAAGUCCCUGAACACGGACACGGGCUACCUGAGCCUGCGUCUGGAGAGAGGCACGGAGCUCAAGGCCCUGACGGUGCCCUUCACCGCCCUGCCCCCCGGCCUCAUCCCCAGGAAGGUGGGGGUGCACCUGGACUACGCACAGGGCCAGCUGUCCUUCUACGACGUGGACACGCGCUCCCACAUCUACACCUACAACGAGAGCUUCUCAGAGAGGCUGUACCCUCUCUUCGGGACGGUGGAGAUCGUCAAGGACCUGGUGAUCAGGUCACCUGGCAACAAGGCUCGCUGUCUCUGUCCCAUUUCCUGUCUGUGGGGCUGAGAGAUGCAUUUCCCCUCCUCCUGCUCCUCCUCCUGCUCCUCCUCCUCCCUCUCUCCUCAUCUCCCUAUCCCUUUCUCUGGAGCCGAUUUUCGUCCUCCUUCACCUCCCUCCUCAUCUUCACUACUCCUGUGGUGGCACACACCUCUCCUCCUCCUCCCUCUCUUCUUCCUCCUCCCACACCUCUCCUACUCCUCCCUCUACUACUCUUCCUCCUCCCUCUCCUACUCCUCCCCCUCUAUACCACUCCCGUGGUGGCCCACACCUCUCAUCAGCACUCCAGUAGGGGACCCUCCUUCAGCGCAAGAUCGCCCCCUAGUGGCCAGUACUAAGUACACAAUUAUUAAAUGUCAACACGUUAGUCCUACCUGCCUCGCUCUGAAGUGACUUUAGAGAUGUACUGCAGUUCUGUACAUGACCAGCAGGGGCAGUGCUGCUAUUCUGCUGUUUAUCUGGCUGUUUCCAUGCCUUCUCCUUACUACUGCUAUUCUACCUGCUAUUCUACCUGCUAGCUCACAACGUGCUCAGUAUUUUUCACGUUUUUGUCACAGAUUACCCAAGUGUAAACGUUGUAGCCAUCUUAUUGUCAUGCAAUAUGUAAUCCUGCAGUAACAAUGCACUUUCUGUGAAUAAUAACUAAUAAAAAAAAAAACCUGAUC